GCUCAUUUUCGGGUAAUCUGCCCGAUUUCACCAGAGUUUUGGCAUUUUGGGUGGUAAAAUGCAAAAAAACAUUCAAUUUUUUGGAUUUUUAAUAAUUUUAUUGUGUGAAAAUCCAGUUUUUGCAAUAUUCGGGCCGCAAGAUGCUCAAUAUAAUGAGACUGAAGCCAGAAUGCUAUUGAAUCUGUGCGCAGCUGCGUAUUCGGACGAUGCUACGCCGUGUAUAGGAAGAACCUUCUCCGCGGCGGAAAACCAAAUGGUUAUCAGUCAAUUCUCGGUGAAAUGUGAUUUUAUUGGAAACCCCUGUGCUGGGUACAUUGUAGUCUCGGAGGCUCUACAGCAGAUUACUGUAGUUUUCCGGGGUACCAAAACAAAUAGCCAACUCCUCCUGGAAGGCUGGACCACCUUACACCCCAGCGCCGACUUCUACGGUAUGGGCCUAGUGAACACAUAUUUCCGUUCAGGACACGAGAAAACGUGGCAAUAUGUGCAAGAUGCGUUGAGCAUCCCACAAUACCGGAACUAUGAUGUUUAUGUCACCGGGCACUCACUCGGCGGAGCUCUAGCCGGGCUUUGUGCUCCGAGGAUUGUUCAUGAUGGCCUUCGCCAGAGCCAUCAAGUCAAGGUCUUGACGUUCGGAGAACCUAGAGUCGGAAAUUUAGAUUUUGCGAAUUCCUACGACCAGCUGGUGCCGUACAGUUUCCGAGUAGUCCAUGCUAUCGAUGUGGUGCCCCACCUACCCGGAUGCGUGAAGGAUUUGUCCUACACCCCGCCGGCGGGAAGUGAUGGCUCAAUGCCGUGUGAUCCGGGGAGUAGGAAUGGAGGCUAUCACCACGCCAUCGAAGUUUUCUACCCGGGAAACAUGGCACCAGGAGACCCCUACAUGAUUUGCACCGGUCUCCCCCGCAACGAAGAUUUCGGAUGCUCCAACGCUCCGAAAGUCGACCUAGACGACACUAACCAAGGCGUCUGGGAUCACCGAAAUUAUUUUGGAGUCGAGGUGCCAGCAUAUGGAAAAGGAGGAUGCGACCCGACAAUGACCUUCAAGGGCCCGCCAACAGAAACAGGGAUCCUGUCGCUGAUUAGUAGUGUGUUUGGGCGGAAAAGAAGAUCGAUUCGUUAAAAUUGUUAUGUACAUAGAUAAUAAAGAAUGUCAAUCAUGAGUAUUUUAGGUACAGUAUGAUUCCAGACCCCAGACCCCAGACCCCAGACCCCAGACCCCAGACCCCAGACCCCAGACCCCAGACCCCAGACCCCAGACCCCAGACCCCAGACCCCAGACCCCAGACACCAGACCCCAGACCCCAGACCCCAGACCCCAGACAAUUUUUAAUGGGGUUAUUCAAGCAAUGUUGCAAAAUUUAUUAAAAUACAUUUAUGACGUCACAACUGUGUUAGAAUACAUUUUUUUUUUAAUGUAUUUUAAUACAGAAUAGUCUCGAGCCGAGACUUGUCACGGUAAACAUUUUUUUUUGGAUUUUUUGGUUUUUUUGGUUCCAAAAAACAAAAAUAACCAAAAAAUUCCCAGCCCACCUCGCACCCCGCACCCCGCACCCCGCAUGUCAAAAGUUUUGCAUAUAAAUGUAUUCACAA